CCUCCUCCUCCUCCCCGGCCCGGCCCGGCCCGCCAUGCCUCCCUGCUACAGCGCCCCGAACUGAGCCAUGCUCGGCCGCCGGCCUCCCUGCCGCCCCCUCCCCCUCGCCCCCCUCGCCGUCGUCGUCCUCUUCCUGGCCUCCCCCGCCACUCCGGGGCCCAAGGAGAGCGACUUCUACAACUUCAAGGUGGUCAAUAUUAGGGGCAAGUGGGUGUCCCUGGAGAAGUACCGCGGCUCGGUGUCACUGGUUGUCAACGUGGCCAGUGAGUGUGGCUACACAGACCAGCACUACCGAGCCCUUCAGCAGCUGCAGCGGGACCUGGGCCCGCACCAUUUCAACGUGCUGGCCUUUCCUUGCAACCAGUUUGGGCAGCAGGAGCCGGACACCAACAAGGAGAUUGAAAACUUUGCGCGGAAGACUUAUGGAGUUUCUUUCCCCAUGUUCAGCAAGAUCGCUGUCCGUGGUGCUGGGGCCAAUGCCGCCUUCAAAUAUCUAAUUGAAUCCUCCGGGGAAGAACCAACUUGGAAUUUCUGGAAGUACUUAGUCGCCCCGAAUGGAAAAGUGGUGGGAACCUGGGACUCAACUGUAUCAGUAGAAGAAAUUCGACCCAAGAUCCAUGAGCUCGUGGGGAAGCUCAUCGUGGGGAAGAAGGAAGAAUUAUAAUCAUUCCUGACUUCACAGUGUCAAAUGUGAAUGCCAAAUGUGAAUGCCAGAUUUUUUUCUUACAGGUGCCUUUCAGGAGUAGAUUAUCCCUUCCUUGCUCUUCAAGCCCAGGGAGAAAAACUUGGGUUUUUAGAGAUAUAUUCUACCUUUAAUCUAGACAGAGCCAAUAAGAACUUAAGACCAAUAAGAAUUCAGCAGCUUAUAAGAAUCUGUGGCUACUAAUAUCUCAGAAUCUCUUCCAAGUAAUGCUGUGGGACCAAUAAAUGAUCAAUAGCCUAUAAGAAACUUAUAACCAAUAAGGUCUCAGCAGCCAAUAAGAACUUGUGGCCAAUAAAAAUUCUUCAUCAGUCUAUAAGAAGUUGUGACUACUGAGAUCUUAGUAACUAAUAAGGACUCAGCAGCCUUUACAAACUUCUGGUCAAUCAGAAGACAAGAGAUAAUAGUUACUUGCAGCCCAUAAGAAUUCCUCAUCAGCCUAUGAGAAUUUGCAGUUAUUAAGUUCUGAGCAAUCAGUGAUCCAUAAAGAUUCAUCAGUCUAUAAGAACUUGUGGCUACUAAAAUCUCAGUAAACAAUAAAAACUUGAGGCCAAUAAGGACUCAGAAACAUGAAAGAAUAAGCCCCCAAGAGCCAAUAAUAACUCAUGAACAUAAGGAACUCAUGAACAAAAAGAACUUAUAGCCAAUAAGAACUUUUUGACCAAUCAAACCUCACUAGCCAAUAAAAAUUGUAGUCAAUAGAAACUCACAAUCAAAAGGAACUAACCAACUAGUCAGAAUUCUCUGUCAAGAAGAAGUUACCAGUCAACUUCAAAAUGCCCAUAUGAGCAGGUCUGGGAGUAAGUGCUAGAGAAAGUGGGGAAGAGAUAAUGAAAGAGCCUAGUGCCUAUGGAAGGAGGAAGGAGAGGGAAAAGGAGGGGUGAAGGGUCCUGGUAAAUAAAUAUGGAAGCCCCAGGAUUAUCCCUCCUGCUAUUAAGACCAAAGUGGAAGUAAGGAAUCCUGGUGCUAGUCCCAAUUAUGGGACCAACACAACGUCCCUCUCUGAUCUUGCAUAAAUUGCUUCCUUUCUCUGGAUUUCAUUUUUCCCACUUGUACAUGGGGCCUGGUUGAACUAGAUGGUCUCUGUUGCUCCUUCUACUCUUAACAUCCCAAGGGUUCUUGAUGGUCUCUCCUUACCAUUCUCUGCUAUGAGACCAUUGUGACCAUGAAGCUAACCUUUCCCCCCUAGGACUUUGCUCAUCGCAGAUCUCUUUAUAUCACGGUCUAGGAAGUAGGGUAAGGAAGGAACUGGUCUGCCACAGUUGGGAUCCAAUUCACGAUUAUUGACAUGUUACAGUGGAGAGAAGGGGGACCCUGGAGACCAUGUAGUUUAAGCCCCGGAAUCUCCUCAGAUCUUCUGAAUUCUAAGGACCCUCAGAGACCAUCAGAAACUGAAUAAAAGUCACUACCACUAAAGGGGCUCCUGUAGGCUUUUAAAUAUUCUUUACCUACACCCUCUCAUUGGAUCUGGUCCAAUCUACCUGAACAUGAAUCCCCUCUCGUGCCUUGACCAGUCACACAGCAAAUCAGGCAGAGCCAGAAGUAGCCCCCAGCCUUCCUGUUUGGGCACUUGCCCUAACCCUGCCCACCUUUUACCAGCUCAGUUCCCGAGGAGCAAAGCUGAUUCAUUAGCAUGUUAGCAGCUCUUUUGUUGCCUUUUAGAAAAGGAAGAGCAAGAGGAAACUGGGGGGGAGAGUGGGAAAGAGAUUUGGGCCAGGUCACAGUGAGUUAGGGAGGGAGAGAGAGGUCUAUCAAUUCCUUAUCUCCCACACCGCCCUUCCUAAUCCCUUAACAAUAAACUAAAUGCUACCUGCCCGUAGCCAUGGUCACACUGACGGUGUCCAGAGCAGAGGGCAUGCCUGCCUGACUGUGGGGCCCAGCUCUUCCUUGGUGCUGAUUUUACCCUCAAUGAUGACUCACCUCAUGUAUGCAAACACAUCCAUUUUGAUAAUAAAGGCCUGUGGAAAACAAAACCUGCCAACAGCUCUUGAGUUCUGAGAAAUACAAAGGAGCAAAACUGACCAUAAACCCAGCUUUUCAGAGUGAGGUAGGACACCAGGUGAAGAGUGUCAGAAUUAUUAGAGACUUCCAAAAAUAACCCCAUCAAAUGGCAGCGCUUAGAAUGACCUUAGAUUGUAGAGCAUGGAAUAAUAGGACACAAAAUGUUAGGAUCGGGAGUGACCUAAGAAUGUAAAAGUUAGAACAUAGAAUAUGAGAAUUGAGUAGUACUUUGGAGCAGUGGUUCUCAAACUUUUGUUUUCAGUAUCUUUAUC